AUGCCGGCCCCGGCGGGCACAGGGAAGAUUAUGUCUUCCCGACUACUGACAAUGAAGUUUAUGCAACGUGCAGCGGCCACACCCUCUUCCCCUCAACCACCUACCGGCCCACCAAACAAGCGUCGUCGCCUCUCACCUACAACCACUACCCCACCAAGUGCCGGCCCUGCGAGACCCACCACAGACCUCGAAGCUCUACAAGCUGCCUUAGCUGCCGAAGAGGAGAAGCGCGUCCAAGCUAUUGAACGACAAGCCGCCGCCGCAGGUGAUACUCGGUGGGUGUUAAGCUUCAGGGAGCCAGACACGGAUGCGGCCGGGCAGAGUAGUCUAGUGGUUGUGAACGCAGGUUUUGCGGCCAUUGAUGGCGCUGGCGGUUACGACGAAGACUAUGAUGAGAAAGCGACAGUGGGUAGGAGAAGCUUCGGCAGGCCCAUCAAAUCCCAGCAGCUUCAGAAUGGCGCCACGCCGGCCUCUACUUCUGAUGCCGAGUCACCAACAUCUGCGUCCGACGAUGAUGGCGAUGGGGAUGAUUUGAAUUCAGUGAUCAGGUCUGCACGCAAAGGAGCCGCAGCCGAAGUCCGCGCCCAGCGCAAAUCGAAGAAGGCAGCCAAGGAAGCUGAAUCUGCAAGACUGGCUUACCAACGCCGAACGAAGGCGGUAGGGCUCAACGGCUCGUCUUUGAUCUCUAGCGGCGGCGGUCGCAAUGCAGACGGAGUAAGCUCCAAUAUUGUAUGCCAUAAAUGCGGGCAGAGAGGUCACCUACAACGCGACUGCAAGUCGCGACCAAAGAAGAGAUACACCGGUGACUGA